AUGGAUGAACUAUUAAAAAAGACAAAUCAAAUAAAUGCGAUUUUAAAUCAUCAUUUUUCAAAUGAAAUAGACACUUUUUAUUUUGGAGAUAUUGAAAACCCAAUAUUAGUAAAAUUCAUUGAAGAAUAUUUCCAUGAAUGUGGGUUUGAAAUAAAAACAGUUCCUUUUUAUAAUCAUUUUAUUAUUGAUAUUAAUGAUAUAGAUAAUAAAAUCAAAAUAAUUUCUAAAUUAAAUUCAAUAAUUUCAAAUGAUGAUAAUAUUGUUCCUUUAUCAAAAUCAGAUGCAUAUUUUAUAAAUGACAAUUAUAAAUAUAAAACAGAAUUUUCAAUAAAUGAAAUAUUUUGGGCAAUUGAAAAUGGUUUAGCAUUUGGUUAUAAAAUUAAUAAUGAUAAUAAUAAUAAUAAUAAAAAUAAUAAUGGAGUCAAUAUAGUUGUUGACGAAAAUGAAGAAAAGAAAAUUAAUAAUAGUAAUAAUUUAAGUUUAGAUGUAAAGGUAUUAUUAAAAGUUAAAGCAAAAUUAACAUUAUCAUCAAUUGAAAAUAAUAUUAUACCUUUAUGUUCGGUAGCAUAUGAUAAUACACCAUCAAAUUCUCUUAUUGAAAAAUUAGGUUUUAAAUAUUCCUAUUCUGUAACAACAAUGAUUAUUUCAAAAAAUAAAAUUAACUUUAUAUAUUAA